UCCUAGGGUUACCAUCAACAAGUCAGUCAGUCCACUGUAGCUAAUGUUAGCAAAAAACAGUCUGCCUUUCGAUAGAAGCUACCAUUUCCGAAUAACUGUAUCGUAAUCAGACAACAGGUAGUCAGAAUGAUCAACGCUUACAAGUAAUCGAGCUAUGUGUAUCGUGCGCAUGGGAAACUUAGAAGAGAACCUAGCUACUGGUUGAGCACUAGCUAGCAUGCUAAUCUCAAUGAAUGCGACCAGAGGAAAUUGUUCAUAGUUUUCAGAAUGACAAAUCAGCAGUUCACGACACUGGCUUAUACGAAAAGCCCCAAAACAUCGAGGAGGACAACAUUCCAGGAUGAACUUCAGGCUGCUGUGUCUGCCAGGGCUAGCAAAACCGAAACAGACCAAUACUCCUACUCUGAUGACUUUAAUGAAGAUGAGGAUGAUUUUUUAAAUCAACUCCUCAAAUCAAGAAAAGAGAGGGCUAGGGCUUUUAAGGCUGGGAAGAUUAAAUCCAAAAUCAACACCUUCGAGGUUUCAGACGAUGAGGACAAUCACGGCAGGACAAAGAGAGUUUCAUUUCUGAAAUCCAAAAGGAUUGACACUCCCUUGGAAGUAACGACGGCACCAGAGUUGGGAGAAAACGAUCCGUCCGACACUUCCGACAAUCGACAUAACAAUUAUAAUGACUCAUUAUCCACCCAACGCUCAACAAACGUUAGUGAAGAUAACAUAAACUAUAAAAGCAGUUAUGGGGAGACUGCUGAUCCAGAAAUCAGGAGACAGAGCUCAGUAAAAUCUCUGUCGUUCCAAACAUCAGAUGACACUCUACCGGACAUGCUAUUGCCCUUACCAUCUGACAACAGUGUGAUUGAAACUCCAGUUCCCGAAGAAAACAGCAACUUGGAAGAAAGCUACCAGCGUGCGCAGUUAUCAGCAAAUAACCUGACACACGUGUCAACAGCAGAGAGGCAGCCACCCAAGCCUAAACCGAGGCAAAGGACUCUCGGAUUGAGCUUCCACCCUAAGGAGAAAAUAGCUGAAAGUGGUGAUUCUCAGGAAGUAAGCAGGCCCCAGACUUCUUCUGCAUCCAUUCCCCUCUCCACUGACACAUCCAGCAACAACACUUGGACAAAAGGAGAUAGCGCACUUUCAUGCAGCUUCAGCAAAUCUUUUUCAAGUAAGAGUGAACAGUCACAGCUCUCUUCAAAGUCCACUAUUGAUUCUGGAUCCCGAGAUGACUUUAUUUCUGAUGACAGCAAAGAGCAGGAGAGCAAGUACUCCACAUCAUUUGAAGAGUUCAAUGCAGGAUUGGGAGAUGCCUCACAUCAAACUUCUCAUGUCCGUGAAAAAUCAUUUGAUACCAGGACAUCAAGUUCUCUUUCAAAGACUACUCAGAGAUCUCAGAGUGCCUGCUCCAGAAAUGUGGAAUCAAAAUAUUUGGGAUCGCUCAAACUUCUGGAUUGUAAAGUGUCACUCCAGGAGUCUCAGCCUCAAACAGCAGAUUCCAUCCGAGCUGCCAUUUACCAGGAAUGGCUUGAAAAGAAAAAAGAAAAGUCAAGAGAGAACAUGCAGCAAAAGAAGCAAGAGGACAUCCUUAAAGAGAAAAAGAAAAGGGAAGAAGAGGCUAAGAAGGGAGAUGCUGUAGCAUCAUAUGAGGCUUGGAAAAAGCAGAAAUCACAAAGUCUCAAAGCAAAAGCCAAAGAAAAGGAAGAUGCGAUCGCGAGACAGCAAAGAGAGCUUGAAGGAAAACAAGAAAAAAUGCAAUCUGCUAAACAGGUGUUUGAACAAUGGAAACUCGAACAUGAUCAUCUCCUCAAAGAAAAGUCCAGAAAACAAAGAGAAGCUGAAAGUAGACUUCAGUUUGGAAAACAAGAAAAGGAGAAAGAAAGGAAAAAUGACAGCAAAUCUGCCGUUUCUGGUUGGCAUGAUAAGAAGAAAGAUGUUAUCCAUGUAAUAGUGAAAAUGAAGCGUAAAGAAAUACAAAAUAAAGCAGAGGAGGAACGCUACAUGAAAGAAGAGAGAGAUAAAAUGGCUUUAGAGAUGUAUGAAAGCUGGCUGGUACGGAAAGAUCUGGAACAGAAGAGACACAAAGAAGAAAGACAAAUACAAACGAUUCUCCGAGAUAGCCCACCUCCUCCAUGGAGCCCUCCAAAUAAAACUGUACCAUUUCGAAAAUAAUAUUUGUGUUUUAACAAUUGUUGAUGGUAACAGUUAAAUUAUACAUUAGCCAGCAGCUCUAGUGUAAGUUUAAUUGUAAUGUGUUUUAUGUGUUGCAUUAUGUUUUGAAAGUCGUUUUUCUGUGACAUGGUGACAUGUCAAAAAACCAAAGGAAACCAGCAAUACAAAUAAAAUAUAUAUCUAUGUUAGCAUGUUAUACAAAUUCAUUUGAAGCAGCAAUAGGAAAAUUAUGACUAUAUAAGGCUAAAAUAAUUUGAACUGCUGUUGAUGAGUUGUUUUCUUUAAACUACAAGACCCAACAACAUCACGCAAUCUUAGAAACAGAUCUCUUUAUCAUUCAGUGCUUAUUUUAUGUUAAACAUGAUUCAUUUGUUGUAUUUGUGUUUUUUCUCACUGGUUUUUUAUUCCUGGAGUCACAGAGUAUUGACAAUACAGUUUGAUCAAUUGACAGGUUGUUCUAUUAAAGUGACUAUAGCAAACUAAAUAACAAAUAACAAGUGCAACAUCAAAGGUAAAAAAAACACAUUGUCAGCCACUGUUUUGGG